CCAUGGACAACUGCCGUAGAGCCACCGCUCCAUUCAAGCCAUGGAAGAAAGGCCCGACCCGAGGCAAAGGCGGUCCUCAGAACGCCGCGUGUGAAUACCGCGGUGUCCGCCAGCGAACAUGGGGCAAAUGGGUAGCAGAAAUCCGAGAACCCAAAAAAAGAACCCGAUUAUGGUUGGGUUCUUUUUCUACCGCGGAAGAAGCUGCCAUGGCAUACGAUGAGGCCGCUAGAAGACUCUACGGCCCUGAUGCGUACCUUAACUUGCCCCAUCUUCGAUCCAACUUCAAUCCGCUUAACAAAUCGCAUAAGUUCAAAUGGUUUUCUUCAAACAAGUUCAUGUCAAUGUUUCCAGCCACUGGUUUGCUCAAUCUUAACGCGCAACCCAGUGUUCAUGUGAUUCAUCAAAGGCUUCAAGAACUCAAGAAAACUCAUCCAUUGCCGUCUUCCUCGUCGAGCUCGAGUGGUUCCUCCAAUGUUGAUCCGAUCAACCAAGAGCAAGUUCAAGUUCAAGUUACAAGUGACAAAACCCAUGUCAAUGAAUGCAUUGAAAAGCCUCAAAUUGAUCUCAAUGAGUUUCUUCAGCAACUUGGAGUGGUAAAGAAAGACAAUGAUAAAGAGGACGAGUUUUCGUCUUCGAAAGGUGUUCUUGAAGAAUCUGAUUUGGGAGAAGAGGAUUUCAACUGGGAUGUGUUAAGUGAGCUUAAUGGAUGUCAUGAUCAUUUUCAUAUGUUUGAUGUUCAUGAACAGGAACAUGAUCAAGAACUGGUUUUGCCAACCACCUUGUGGAACUUUUAAAAUCUUCCAAACUAUAUUAGAGCUUCGGAUAGUUAUCAAAAUAUGAUCAAAUCUAAGAAAGUACGUCGAGAAAUGGUGGUUGGAGAGCAUGCAUGUAUGUGUUGUCGUCUGUAUAAGACCAUAUUAUCUUUUUUCCAUUGAUAGUAAAGUUCUAUAAUGUCCCAAC